AUGGAAGAACCAGACCGGCCAGCCAAGAGGGCCAAGUUAGCCUCCAACAUAGACUAUGCAAGCAAUGACUCUACCCAAAGGACCAACAGCAGCAGCAAUGACAGUAACAACCACCCCCUAGCAUCCCUGCACCGCUCCAUAACACCCCCAAUACUCUCCCGCUCCAAGGGAUCACAAACAGCGCCUCAGCCACAACCGCAACACAAUGCCACCCAGCCAGCAUCACCCAGCACGCAGACACCUACUAAAGAGAAAGACAGCAACAAAACUAAGGACAAUAUAUUCCCCUCUCCCAUCCAACUAACCCACAUCCGGGACCUCCCCGCCUCCUCAGGCCACAACACCGACACUGUCCGACUGCGCGACAUUCUCGGCGAUCCAUUGAUCCGCGAAUGUUGGCAGUUCAACUACCUCUUUGAUGUGGACUUUUUGAUGAGCCAGUUUGAUGAGGAUGUGAGACGGCUUGUCAAGGUGAAGGUAGUGCAUGGCUCGUGGAAGAGAGAUGCCCCGAAUCGUCAGAGGAUUGAUGAAGCAUGUACGCGCCACCCCAACGUCGAGGCAAUAACCGCCUACAUGCCCGAAGCGUUCGGGACGCAUCAUUCCAAGAUGAUGAUCUUGUUGAGACAUGAUGAUUUGGCUCAAGUGGUCAUCCACACAGCAAACAUGAUCGCAGGCGACUGGGCAAACAUGUGCCAGGCCGUGUGGCGAUCUCCUCUUCUCCCAUUAUGUUCCAAUGGAAGUGGGAGUGAAAGUAUAGCUACCCCUGGGGCGCGAUUCAAACGCGAUCUCCUCUCGUAUCUAAGAGAAUACGGACCGAAGAAGACCGGCCCGCUUGUCGCGCAGCUAGAGAAACACGACUUCAGCGCUGUCCGCGCGGCGUUGGUCGCUAGUGUACCCUCGAAGCAGAAGAUCCGGGAGUCGACUGAUUCGACCCGGAAGACGCUGUGGGGGUGGCUAGCCCUGAGGGAUGUAUUACGGUCGGUGCCUGUUUCUCCUUCAGAGGAUAGACCGCAUAUUGUAACUCAAAUUUCCUCCGUCGCCUCUCUCGGCCAAACAGACAAAUGGCUCAAAGACGUCUUCUUCGCGUCACUCUCACCAUCAUCAAAUAACCCUAAACCAAGAUUCUCGAUCAUAUUCCCUACACCCGACGAGAUUCGCCGCUCCUUGAACGGCUACGGCUCAGGCGGCUCCAUUCACAUGAAGCUGCAGAGCGCCGCACAACAAAAGCAGCUGCAGUACAUGCGGCCGUAUCUGUGCCAUUGGGCUGGAGAUGUGGCUGAGGACGAAGCGAAGGUGAAACGAGAAGCAGGGCGCCGUCGCGCGGCACCGCAUAUCAAGACGUAUAUCCGGUACUCAUCGUCGGAGAUGGACCGGAUUGAUUGGGCGAUGGUGACGUCGGCAAAUUUGUCAAUGCAGGCGUGGGGAGCGGCGGUGAAUGCCAACGGAGAGGUGAGGAUAUGUAGUUGGGAGAUAGGGGUUGUAGUUUGGCCGGAGUUAGUCACCGGUGCUGGUGCUGAAGGGAGAAGUGUGAUGGUGCCUUGCUUCCGGAGGGAUGUGCCUGAUGCAGAAGCGGUUGCGGCUGCAGGUGCGGCUGCAAAUGCAGAUGGAAAGGAAAUACCUACUACGACUACAGUUGGCUUUCGAAUGCCCUACGACCUACCGUUGACGAGGUACAGCGAGACGGAUAUACCCUGGUGCGCGACGGCCAGUCAUAGCGAGCCGGACUGGCUGGGACAGACGUGGGAGGGCUAA